ACAACUACUAUUAUCACCAUGAAGAUAACGCCAAGCAGAGCUAUACUUUUUACAAAAAUCAGCGUAGCAUUGAUAUGCGCCUGGCCGCAAUCACCAAAAAUAACGAAAUCUAGAGUUAUUCUUUUCAGAGCUUGCUGGUAUACGUGUUACUUCUGCAGUAUCUUAUUAUUACUUCCGUUGUUAAACUCAAUUUAUGAAUAUCGUGACAAUCCCGUGAUUUUAGCAAAGUCGAUCUGCCUUUCUUGUGGAGUCAUUCAAGUCACGAUCAAAAUGAUGGUGUGUCGUAUACAAUAUACUUCCUUUCAAAUGCUUUAUUAUGACAUGGAAACGUUUUGCAAGCAGGCAGAUGAUAAGACAAAUAUUAUUUUGCAACGUUAUGUUGACAAUUACAAAUCUAUAUACGGUGCUUUUACUUUAUGGUGUUAUCUGGCCUCCACGAGCGUCAUUUGCGGACCAUUAUUUCUUCCGCAACAGUUUCCGACUGAUGCAAAGUAUCCGUUUUCCGUGGCACAUCAUCCAAUAAAAAGUAUUAUUUUUUUGCAUCAGUCAUUUGUCGGCUUACAAGCCUCGGCCGGAUUAUGCAUCGAUUGCAGCAUUGCAAUUCUUUUAUUCUAUUCAGCGGCAAGAUUAGAAUUGUUAGCCCAAAAGAUCCGCAAUAUCAAAACUGAGUGCGAACUCGAUGCAUGCAUCAAGCUACACGAUGAAAUAUUAAGAUACAUUAGCAAAAUAAUUAACGUUGUAUGGCCAUUGGUUUUGACUACGAUAACAACGACAGCUAUGGGUGUUGUUUUUGGAAGUUUAAAUAUAGUCACUGAGCAACCGAUAGUGGUCAAAAUCCAAUAUAUCAUCGUAAUAUUUAGUGCCAGCUUGGAACUCUUUAUGUGUGCUUUUCCAGCUGAUAAUUUAAUGCAUAUGAGUAGCAAAAUUUGCUUUGAAGCAUACGAAUCGAAAUGGUAUCAAGGAAGUGUAAGCAUGCAAAAAAAGAUCUAUCAAAUGAUUUUCAGAUCACAGAAACCUGAAGUUAUUCGGAUUAAUGGAAUUCUUCCAGCUUUGUCAUUACGUUACUACGCAGGGUUUUUGUAUACAUCCUGUUCUUAUUUUAAUGCAGUACGUUUAAUGGUAAAAAUAUCAUGA